GCGAGUCACGUGGGGCUGUGCGCGCAAAGUGCGGCUGCGCGGGCCGGUAGCUGCAGCUGGAGCGGCGGCGUCUGGAGGAGACACGAAACUGGAUGGCUUCUACAGGGAGCCAGGCCUCUGAUAUAGACCAGAUUUUUGGAUUCUUCAGUGAUGGCGCACCCCCCACCAAAAAGCCCAGGAAGCUGCUUCCAAGCUUGAAAACUAAGAGGCCUCAGGAACUUGUGCUGGUGAUCGGAACAGGCAUCAGUGCUGCCGUUGCCCCUCAGGUUCCAGCCCUGAAAUCCUGGAAGGGGUUAAUUCAGGCCUUACUGGAUGCUGCCAUUGAUUUUGAUCUCCUGGAAGAUGAAGAGAGCAAGAAAUUUCAGAAGUGUCUCCAUGAAGACAAGAACCUCGUCCAUGUUGCCCAUGACCUCAUCCAGAAACUCUCUCCCCGUACCAGUAAUGUUCGAUCCACGUUUUUCAAGGACUGUUUAUAUGAAGUAUUUGAUGACUUGGAGUCAAAGAUGGAAGAUUCUGGAAAACAGCUGCUUCAGUCAGUUCUCCACCUGAUGGAAAAUGGAGCCCUAGUAUUAACUACAAAUUUUGAUAAUCUUCUGGAACUCUAUGCAGCAGACCAGGGAAAACAACUUGAAUCCCUGGACCUCACUGAUGAGAAAAAGGUUCUUGAGUGGGCUCAGGAGAAGCGGAAGCUGAGCGUGUUACAUAUCCAUGGUGUCUACACCAACCCCAGUGGCAUCGUCCUGCAUCCAGCUGGAUAUCAGAAUGUGCUUAGGAACACUGAAGUUAUGAGAGAGAUUCAGAAGCUCUACGAAAACAAGUCAUUUCUUUUCCUGGGUUGCGGCUGGACUGUGGAUGACACCACUUUCCAAGCUCUUUUCCUGGAGGCUGUCAAGCAUAAAUCUGACUUAGAACAUUUCAUGCUGGUUCGGAGAGGAGAUGUUGAUGAGUUCAAGAAGCUUCGAGAAAACAUGCUGGACAAAGGGAUUAAAGUCAUCUCCUACGGAAAUGAAUAUGCUGAUCUUCCCGAAUAUUUCAAGCGACUGACAUUUGAGAUCUCAACGAGGGGUAGAUCAGGAGGAAGGUCUUUGUCCUCAAUUUUCCACUGGUCGAGGAGCUUCUCAGCGGAGGGACCCCGGGUCCAAAGGAUGCGCUCUGCUCCCAGUGCUGCUUUCUUGAUGGGAUGGCGAGAGAAGGUCAGCUAAAUGGUUCAUCUACAGCACACAAUGAAAUAAGAGGCAGUACAUGAGAGGGCUACACACAUCACCAUUAGACCAAGCUGUGAGGCCCUACUGUGGACAGUGUUUAACAAGUAAACUUAAAAGAACCAUCUAGGAAGUACCAACAUCCAGAGGUUGAAGGUUGGGGAGAGAGUGGGGGGUGAAUGUUCAAGUUUAAUCCUUCAUGCUGGCUGGUUCUUGAUAUCCUGCUGCCUGUUCCAGUUCAAGAAUGCCCAAGAGACAACGGGACCCAAGCGCAGGCCCUGCCAGGCCGGACAUGCUUGUGUGCAGGCAGCCGACCAGUGUGACCCUCCACCGACUGUGGCUACAGCCCUGCAUGAAGGACUUGGGGAUCCCGAAGCCAUGGCAUCACCAUGGCCCUUUUUGCAGUUUUGUACUCCAUACCUGGUUUUUCAAUUAAGCUUACUGGCUUUUUUAAAACAUGACUUGAAGCUCUAGUUUUCUAGGUCUUUUACAGUGUACAGUAUUUUACACAAUUGAGCUGUAUUAAAAGCCUCUUCAUUUAUUUCCA